AGUGGUGCGGUUGAUCGGUUGUUUUAGCAGAAAUGUGCGAAACUAGGUUCAAAACUUCCCUGAUUCGAAAUCUUGCUGCACAAGAUGUGGACAUCUAUCGUCAAUUGUUGCUGUGUGCUCGCAGUGAGACCCAAUUCAUGGCAGGCGUCGAUCGGUUGCAGUGUCCAGCUUUGGAAGCAACGGUAUAUUUGCUGCUGAUGAAACUGCAGGAACAACGGAACGAUUUUCUUUUACCAAAUUUGACCUGGAUCAGUGUUGAGAAGGUGUUUACUCUGAUAGAGGUUAAUCAUCUUUAUCUGCAGAAAAAGGAAGAAUGCUUUGGCUUACUGCUGAACGUGCUGGCUUUGACCGUAAUGCUGGAUCAAACCGAAUCGGAAUGUGCUUGGAAGAUUUCAAACUUUCUAAAAAUAUUUCAAGAAAAUUAUUCAGAAUUGCCGAUUUUUUAUGAGGUUCUAAGAACGCUGAUGAUUGUUUCAAUGGAAAAGGAGGGUUUGAAUCAAUGUUUUGGCCAUGUUGAUCCAUCGAAUUUGAUAAGAAAUCUUUAUUCGGAGUCACACCAGAUACAGAUGAAAUCUUUAUGUUGCCUGAAGCUCUUAGUUGAAUAUGAACCGGAAAUUAUAUAUUUGUGGCAAAGCUUGAUCAUCAAAGGAGAAACAAUUUCAUUAGAACACCGAAGUUUUAUGAUCUGUCAGUUGGUAGACACAGCGAGCCAAAAGAAAGAACAGAGUGGAUUAUUCCUUAGGAUUAUUGAGUCACAAGAUAUAUGGCAAAUUAUUAAGAGUAGCUGCGAGUCUGAUUCACAUUUGAUUCGUAAGGAAGCGUUGACGACUUUGAAAGUCAUGUUGGGAUUUUUAACAGAAAAUAAAGCUUCCGUUGAGAACGACUUGUUUUAUUGGACUUGGAAAGAAAUGAAACCUUUGUCCGAAGGAUGGCAAAGUUUUAUAACUCUUUUAGAGACGUUAAGUGAAACACAAACACAUUUGAUUAUGCCAGCUCUUGUGAUGGUGGAAAGACUAGAGUCCUUGACAACUGCGUGGCUGAAUUUGGUUCUGCAGUUGUUACUGAAACACGAAAACCAAUCGGUUUCUGGCUGGGCAAUCAAACAUUUGCUGGAGAAACACAAGUACUGUGCGCAAAGAGAUGAACUGGAAAUAUUAUUUUUAAAUUCCUUGAACAAAACUUCCAAUUUCCAACAGUUUAAUAACAUCAAGAAUCAACUGUGUCAGUACUAUUCUGGAAGUGAAGCGUUUAGUUUUCUCCUCACACACUUCAAACAAGUAUCCUGGGGAUCGGUUCCAUUUGCCUGCUUAUUGGAAGUGAUUGAUUCAUUGUUAGAUUUCUCAACCGACUUUCAUCAUGUGCAAUCUAUUGUCGGUUUGCUAGAGCCUACAUUAUCAAUAAGGAAUCUUAAUUUACGCCACUUAUCUGCGCUACAGUUUUCUCACAUGUUAGUCAAUUUAGUGCUGAGGCGGGAUAUAAAACCGAACGUUCCAUUGGAUCGCUGCUUGAUGCAUCUCGAAGUGUUAUCAAAGGUGACGCACGUGAAUUUUGUGGCUCUGGAACGUUGGAAAGAAUUACGCCAAGCUGUUGAUGGUGUUACUUUUGAGCGGUUACUUCUACGAGUCAAACCUGGCGACAUUAACAUUAUUAAACAUGUUUUGGUUCCUUACAUGCGAAAUGAACGUGCUUCUACUGAAAGAAGACUGAAGCAGAUUUUGGACAGGGAUCUUCUGCUAGCGGCAAGGAUCUUACACUAUUGGAAACAAUCGUUGACGCAACCGGAAGUGAAGAUUAAAUUUGUGAACCUUCUAAAAAAUUUCAACGAUAAUCCGGACGAAGCGCUAAAAGCGCUUGAUAUUUUCGAUGAAUUGGCAACCAGUCAAGCAUCGUGGCUGGACGAAGUAGUCCACAAAUUGACUCUAAUUCUUCAUAAGCGUUUAAAUCGUCUUAACUAUCAAAUCGCGUCCAUAAGUGUAACCAUUCAAACCGUUCGAUUGCUGUGCCGUCUAGAACGGAUUGAUAUGGUCGACCUCUUUCUGGGAACUUUUUCAAUGGAUGAACUAAUAAAUACGGUCCAAACGGGAAACUGCGAUAAAAGCUUCUACGGUUCAACGUUUACUGCUCUGAGCGAUGUGUACUUGGCGAGAUUGAAACCAGAACCAAACAUUGGUGAAAUCAAACAGCGAAUAGCUUGCGAUUCUGUGAAACUGGUUGAUCUGGGAGAUGUUCAAGUCCUUGUGAAUACGCUGGAAGUUUUAACAUUUGUUUUAGCAAAUAAUCUUGUGGACCUGACUGAUGAAAGUAAAUUUGAAUGGCUGGCAGAUGUGGUGAAUCGAUGUUACAAGGAAAUUUUAGUGUAUCGGAAAAGUGAUCAUUUUAUAAAGCUUAAUCGGUUGUUUGUUUCCCUGUUGCUGGCUCCGAGUAAUAUUGAAAAUACGACUGAACUGGAUGGUGUUAAUCAAUGGUCGAAGGAAAUCGUUUCAGAGUACGUCCAGAUGUUUUUGGACCAAGCAGUGGUAAUCUCCGGCUUGGCAAAUAUCCUUUUCGAAAAACUGCUGCUUGUCAAUAUCGAAAUUCUGUUAGAUUGGAGUGCAUUUGGAAAAAUAUUAUUGGCUGGACUACUAUUUGGAGAGGGGCAAAAACGUGAACAAAGGAUAGAAGACGAAACAUGCUUUGCAAGCCGGUUCUACGAUACAUCGCUCUGUAAACCACCGUGCCAGUUUCAAUCUGACGCUAGAGUUCGUGUGCUGUGUGUUCUAUUUCUUUACCGUAUGGCUGCAACCAACCAUCCGGAUGCAACGCUUUUUCUGCUGAAAUUGGAAAGAAUGCUGAUUGAAAAGUUCCAACAGAUCAGCAAAGCGAAGGAACGUUACUAUGCGGACUCGCAGACGCAUCGACACAAACUUCGCAUUAUUCAAACCCUUUGUGUAGUUUCCAAGCUAACCGGAACCAAACCUUACCCGUUGCUGGAUAUCGUUUUGUAUGAGACAAAUCAACCCAACAUUAACUAUCUCAUUGAAUUGAUCGUAGCGGAUUCGUCAAUCGAUACGUUAACCAUCAUAAAUUCACUCAAAGCCGAUAAGGUGAAGGUUUCCGGCGUUCAAUCGGUUUUCGUUAUCCUUUGGUUGCGAUGUUGCAAAACAAACUAUCUAGAUGUGGAAUACAUUAAUUUCCUGCUUCCGUGGACUAUGUCGCAGAAUUUUUCCACUCGGCUAUACGCGCAGAUAACGAUAUCAAAAUUGAUUGAGAAGUUCUUUGAAAAACCCGACACCUCUUCAUUUGCCAACAUCCAUUCGGCGAUUAAUAGUUAUUUGAAGCAGGGUAACGUUGAGAAAAAUAUGGAGAAAUGCAUGAAAGACUUUCGGUUUAACAGCGUGCUUGAUUAUGAAAACUUGCUCACGCUUCAAAACGUGUUCAACAACAUUCCUAGGGUUUCCCGGAUGGCUCAAGAGGAUGUUGUUUCAAGUAGUAUACUGAAGGAAUGUUUCGAGCGUUUGAAAGUAUCUGAAAUUAACCUGGGAGCUGCGAUUGUGUUUGAUGAUACGGCUAACGAAACAAAGGAAAAUCUAUUCCUUAGUCUUGGUUUUGGCGGUUCGGAUCACAUUCAGAAAAAAAUUGUUCCAUUGAAAUGCAUGGAACCUGCUAUGGAGCUACUGACAAAUUUACCGGAACGUUUAUGUUUGCGGAAAAAGGUCAACUCCGACGGACUCAUAGUUGUGGCCAGCUUGGUGAAUCGAUCACCCAAUCUGGGAGGCCUGGCGAGGAGCUGUGAAAUUUUUGCCGUCAAGCAAUACAUUGUAAAUUCGUUGAAAGAUGUAGAAAACAAGGAAUUUCAAGCGUUGAGCAUGACUGCUGAAAAAUGGCUGAACGUGGGUGAACUUAAGGCUUUCCAAAUCGUGGAUUAUUUGAUAGAAAUGAAAUCAAAAGGAUACUCGAUUGUGGGAGCAGAACAAACUACCGGCAGUCAACCGAUUCAGAAGGUUCAUUUUCCGAAAAAAUCGAUACUCGUGCUGGGUCACGAAAAGGAAGGUUUACCGGCUCAAAUAAUAUCCCACUUGGAUCUAGUGGUAGAGAUUCCACAGUUUGGUGUUGUUCGAUCGUUGAAUGUCCACGUUACUGGUGCUAUCUUUAUGUGGGAGUAUGCUAAGCAGCAUCAUGUGGUGAACGUGGAGUGA